UGUGUUUUACAUGUUGUGUUCUGUUUGAAAUUUUGAUUUGGACAGGGAACUAACUAAUUCUGUGGGAUAGGUGAAUGAACUAAGCUGUCACGUUGUGCUUCUACAAUUAGUGCAACAGUAGUGCUGAAUAGUUGUUAGGAUGGCCGAGGCAACUGAUUCAGAGGUUCCUGAAUGCUGGAUUAGCAAGGGUUUGUGCGAGAAAUCCAGGGAAAAGGCUGCAGCGGAGCUCAAUGAAACGGAGGAACGAAAGAAAUCUGCUCUUGUUGAAAUACGCGAAAAAAUUGCUGAAUACAGUAAAGAGCACCCCAGCUUCCGCUUUCCAAGAGAAGAUGAUUCUUUCCUGGUCCGAUUCCUUAGAGCUCGCAAGUAUGAUGUAGAACGAGCGUUCUCUCUACUCAUCAACUUCACCACAUACCGAAUUGAUCACCCAGAGCUGUUUGAAGGUGUGACGUUGGACAGUGUACGACCAACUCUGGAGUAUUGUCUACCAUUCAUUCUGCGAGACCGCGACGACGAAGGCCGUCGAGUUGUAAUAUUCCAGCCGUCCAGGAUAGACCCAGAGCGCUAUAGCCAUGACAGUGUGCAACAAGCAAUAGUUUACGCACUUGACGCACUGAUUGAUGAUGAGGAAGCCCAAGUGAAUGGCUUCAUUUUGAUAGAAGACUACUCGAACAUGACCAUCAGAAAGAUCCUGGGAUUGGACCAGAGACUGAUGAAGCGGCUAUCUACCCUUUUCCAAGAUGCGUAUCCGGCUCGCUUCUCAGGAAUGCACUUUGUCAAUCAACCGUGGUUCUUCAGCAUACUGUGGAACAUCGCAAAACCAUUCCUGAAGGAAAAGAUAAGACAGCGGACACACAUGCACGGAUCAGACUUUGGCAGGCUUCAUGAGUUUAUCCCCAAGAGGUGUCUCCCGGCUGAAGUUGGAGGUGACAGGCCACCGUAUUCGCCGGACGAGCUGCUCGACUUUCUGAGCAAAGUGAAGGUUGACCGACCCCCUGCACGUCAGGUAACUGCUCUCUGAGCAGUAGGCAUGGCGGUGACUACAACCUUGAGCAAUAUCACCUGUGACUGAGCAUAACUCUAAGCACACGUAGAACGAAAUGAGAAAGUAAUGUUUACUGUUACAUUGCUAUCUUGCACUCUCUUUCAUAUUUUGGUUCCAGAUGCCUCUCCCCCAACAUCCCUCACAAGUAGCAUUGAUAUGUUGUCACUAGGUGCGUGGGACAAACAUCCUCAAUUUUAGGUUAUUCCCAUUAGUUGUUUUAGAAGUGUUAGUGAGGUUCUGCCGUGUACCUAACCUGGCAUGCAUGCUGGAUAAUGUGCCGUGAUUUAUCCUAGCCUCCUCUUUCGGGAGCUAGUAGGUUCUAUAUUUUAUUUUGAUGAUUUCAGUACUAAAAUAUUCAUGAUUUCAUGAUGAUCUCACUUGAGGGAACUUUCUGUUAUUCUAUUCUUUUCUUAGCGUAUUUUUAAAUCACAUGGAAACGAGUUAUGAAGCAGCUAUCCACCAUGA